AUCAUUCUUUCAGCCACUGAGAGCUGGCAAGGCCAAGAUUCAGAAAGCGGAGAUUGAGGGGUCUGACAUCUCCGCGCAACUAACACCCACACAAACUCCCAAGUCUCCACUGAAGUCGAAGAAGGUCAGUUUGAAACCUGAGGAAGAAAACACUCCUGUGAGACGACAGGCAAAGAAGAUUCGCCGAGCGUUGCACAGCAGCGAUGAGGAAAAUAGCCGAGAAAAUGAAGAGACGGAGGAAGAGGGUGUGGAGAGGAGGAAAACGACCAUGUCAAGGACCCCAUCACCAGAGGCAGGAGAGAUGCUCAGCGUGGUGUCUACGUCUCCAGUUGUCUCCUGGUCCGGCCAGACCUCUCCGGAUUCAGCCCGAAUGGAGGGGAGCCCCUCGCUGUCUGAUUCUGGUCUGGAGAGUCCUGCUGGGAUUCCCAAACGGCGAACAGCCCGGAAACAGCUCCCCAAACGCAAGCUACAAGCCAUGAUGCAGGCGAACACGGGAGCGGUGAACCAGAGGGUGGAUGGACCCAGACACAGCAGGAUGAGCUCAGCCAAGCGUGCAAAGAUGGAAGAAAAGGACAGGAGUUUAGACCGGGAGGAACAACACUCGGGGACCACGGUCAGAGUUGAGGACACAGCAGCUGACCAGCAGAAUGAGUGCGAGUCUGGGGAUGAACAAGAGACUGAGGGUAAGACGGAGGAGGAGGCAGAGGGCAGUGAAGCGGAGGGGGAGAAUGUCGAGAUGGAGGAGCAGGGAGACAGUUCAGAAGCUGAGAAAGGGCUUGAAUGUGAAGAGCCAGAAGUGGAGAUGGAAGCAGUGACGGAAGCAGAGAAGAGUGGACAGGAGCUGGCAGGACCGAGGGCAAAUCGCAAAGAGGAAGAGGCUGCCUGUAAGCCAGCUGAGAAAAGCCGGCAGUCAAUAAACAACUUCUUUGCUCCCAGGAGAUGUAGUUCAACGUUACAGGAGCAUUCCAAGGCAAAGCAGGAGCCCACCCCAUCGGAGACUGCUGGCGGGACCACCCCAUCGGAGACUGCUGGCGGGACCACCCCAUCGGAGACUGCUGGCGGGACCACCCCAUCGGAGACUGCUGGCGGGACCACCCCAUCGGAGACUGCUGGCGGGACCACCCCAUCGGAGACUGCUGGCGGGACCACCCCGUCAGAGACUGCCGGCGGGACCACAGUGUGCGGGUUUUUUGGUACCACCAAGCUGAACGCGGCCCCUGAAACGACAUCUGUUUACAACCCGUGUAAAGCUGGAUACCAUCCUGUUACCGAUGCCUGCUGGAAUCAGGGCCAGAGGGUCCCAUACUUAGCUGUGGCUCAAACUUUCGAGAAGAUUGAGGAGGAAUCAGCUCGGUUGAAGAAUAUUAGGACUUUAAGUAAUUUGUAUCGGUCAGUCAUUGCCCUCAGUCCAGAGGACCUCUUGCCCUGUAUCUACCUGUGUCUGAACCAGCUCGGGCCAGCCUACCAGGGCUUGGAGCUGGGUGUGGGAGAGACCGUCCUGAUGAAAGCUGUGGCGCAGGCGACAGGUCGCCAGCUGGAUAAAGUGAAGGCUGAAACCCAGGAGAAGGGUGAUUUAGGUUUGGUGGCUGAGAGUAGUCGCAGUACCCAGCGGACUAUGUUCGCCCCGCCCCGCCUCACCGUCACCACUGUCUUCAACAAACUGCGAGAGAUUUCCCACAUGACGGGCACUGCGUCGAUGAAUAAGAAGAUGGAGGUGAUUAAAGGGAUGUUUGUUGCCUGCCGUCACUCCGAGGCUCGAUAUCUGAUCCGGUCUCUGAGUGGAAAGCUGCGUAUCGGUUUGGCAGAGCAGUCGGUUCUGGCAGCAAUCGCACAGGCCGUGUGUCUGACUCCUCCCCAGCAAGGUCUCCUGGACGCCGGGAAUGAAAUGUCUGUCGAGAGCCGUAAAUCCUGGAUUGAGCAGAAAACUCUGAUCCUGAAACAAACUUACUGCGAGUUGCCAUGUUACGAUGUGAUCAUUCCGGUUCUGAUGAAGGAAGGAAUCGACAGCCUCCCACAGCAUUGCAAACUGACAGCAGGCAUUCCUCUGAAACCUAUGCUUGCCCACCCAACCAAGGGCAUUGGAGAGGUGAUGAAGAGAUUCGAUGAGGCUGCUUUCACUUGUGAAUAUAAGUACGAUGGGGAGAGGGCACAGAUUCACAUGCUCGACACAGGCGAAAUUCACAUUUACAGUCGCAAUCAAGAGAAUAAUACCUCCAAGUACCCGGACAUUGUCAGCCGGCUUCCCAAGGUGAGAAGGGCCCACGUCAGAUCCUGUGUCAUUGACUCGGAGGCUGUGGCCUGGGAGGCGGAGAAGAGGCAGAUCCAACCUUUCCAGGUGCUGACCACCCGCAAACGCAAGGAUGUCGAUGCCGCUGACAUCACUGUUCAGGUCUGUGUUUACGCCUUCGACCUGCUUUACCUCAACGGACAGUCCCUGGUGAAGGAACCUCUCCUUAGACGACGGCAGCUAUUGCAUGAAGCGUUCACAGAGGUGGAGGGGGAGUUUAUGUUUGCCCAGUCCAUGGUCAGCUCGAACACGGAGGAGAUUGCUGAGUUCCUGGAGCAGUCCAUUAAAGAUUCGUGUGAGGGGCUGAUGGUGAAAACGCUGGAAGUGGAUGCCACCUAUGAGAUUGCUAAGAGGUCACACAAUUGGUUGAAGCUGAAGAAGGAUUACCUGGAUGGUGUUGGUGAUACUCUGGACCUGGUUGUUAUUGGAGCUUACCACGGACGGGGGAAGCGCACUGGGCUCUAUGGGGGUUUCCUGUUGGCCUGUUACGAAGAGGACAGUGAGGAGUUUCAAACCAUCUGCAAGAUUGGAACCGGCUUCAAAGAUGAGGAUUUGGAGCAACAUGCCAAGUAUUUCAAGGAUCAUGUCAUUGAGACUCCUCGGCCCUAUUAUCGAUGGGAUAACUCGGCAGCACCUGAUCACUGGUUUGAUGCUGUGCAAGUCUGGGAGGUGAAAUGUGCCGAUCUCUCCAUCUCCCCCGUUUACAAAGCAGCACAAGGACUGGUCGAUGAGGAGAAGGGAAUCUCUCUCCGCUUCCCACGAUUCCUCCGCAUUCGGGAUGAUAAGAAAUCAGAAGAAGCCACAACCAGCAGCCAGGUUGCUGAUCUGUACAGGAAGCAGCAACAGAUUCAGAACCAGCAGGGUGCUGCUGAGGGUAAUGCAGAUGUUGAGGAUUUAUACUGAGAGCAGCGAGAUGCCCAGGUUCCUGAGCGACUCACGACGGAGUGAAGGAAGCGGGACUCCAACAGGCUGGGGGUGUCCAGUCCUCCGCCAGCAUGUCCGGAACAGCCAAGAGCUCUGUAAAUAACUUGAUAAACUCCCCCAGUGUCUCUCCAUUCCUGUCCCAUCUCUUCAUUCCCAAUAAACAGAGCAGCUUUUGUACAAA